AUGCUGCACUCGAGUAACGAAAGUAACGAGAGAGCCCGAGGCGCUACGGCUGCUCAGACCGGGCUCGCUCUUUCCUCCCGUCUGCUUCCUUUCCUUCUUUCCGUCUUCUUCCUAAAGUGCCCUCGCUCUCACGCCUUUGCGAUUCGAGAGAUCCAUCCUCGCUCGCUAUUAGCCUCGCGCUUUUGCACAGGCCACCGUGCAGCAUUAAGACGGGAUGGCGGGAGGAAGAGGGAUGCUGCGAAAAAGAAGAGGGCCGGGAAGGAGGGGCGCCUGCACCUUGCGACCCAAGGUACCGUGCACAGAGGGCCAGAAGACACGGUCACCGCCUGGAAUUCCCCGUCUUUUGGCACAGCUUGCUGCAGAGAUAAGGAGCAUCCGCACCUGGUUGCACAACGAGGCGCAAGCACGGCCCAAGGCACGUUCGAAGCCAUGAUCCUGCAGUAUGUACCUACUUGCUUGUAUUACCCUCAGAUACGUCCUCACUGCCGCACAUUUGACGUCCAGAUAUCCUCAACACUUACAGAGCAUUAG